AUGCGCAUAUGGCUAGCACAAAACGUACACGACGAAACACUGACACACAUCUAUUACAUUUUUCUCUCUCUCUCUCUUUCUCUGUUUUUGUUGCGAACGUUUACCAAACUUUUCCAGGUGUUAAAGGAGAGCGGUCCGCCUCACAUGAAAAGCUUCCUGACCCGUGUCACCGUCGGAGAGUUCUCUGCCGAGGGCGAGGGGAACAGCAAGAAGCUGUCCAAGAAGCGUGCCGCUCUGUCCAUCCUACAGGACCUGAAGAAGCUCCCCUUCAUACCGACCGUGGAGAAACCCAAGACACACUACAAGAAACGCACCAAGACUAUCCUCAAGACGGGACCUGACUACGGUCAGGGCAUGAACCCAAUCAGCCGAUUAGCUCAAAUCCAGCAGGCCAAGAAGGAGAAGGAACCGGAGUACCAGCUGCUUUCGGAGAGAGGGAUGCCGCGACGCAGGGAGUUCGUCAUGCAGGUGAAGGUGAAUAACGAGGUUGCCACGGGAACGGGACCCAACAAGAAGGUGGCCAAGCGGAACGCCGCUGAGGCAAUGCUGCUGCAGCUGGGAUACAAGGCCUCCACGGUCUCUCCGAAUCCCUCAGAGAUGGACAACAAAGGCUGGAACGGACAAAAGGCGCCUUUUACCGAAGCAACGAGUAACACCCAGAAGGGUCUGCUCCACCUCAGCCCCGACGUCUACCAGGAGAUGGAAGCCAGCAGGAAGCAGAGUGGCAGCGCACCAGUCACCGGCAGCAGCGGCGGCGGCAGCGCCACCGGAGGGUCCGUCAAUUACGUUGCAUCCAAAGACGCGGGGUCCUGCACUGCCCCUCUGCCCCCAGGACAUUCUCCGUAUUACAGCGGCUCGUCUUCCUCGCCCAGCCCCACUGCUACCAUGGCCAGAGAGCUGCUGCUUAACGGGCAGUCACCUCCAGCGGACGGGUCGCUGCCCGUAAAGGGGAAGAACCUGGCCUGCAGUGUUUCUGUGCAGCCGGCACAGCAGCUGGACUACCUGGCUCACAUCCAGGGCUUCCAGGUGCAGUACAGCGACGCGCAGAGUGGGAAGGAUUUUGUGACCUAUCUGACCCUGUCCCCAGUGCAAAUGACUUUCCACGGCACCGGGAGCACCCUACAAGCCAGCCAUGACCAGGCUGCUCUAAGUGCCUUGAAACAGCUGUCGGAGCAGGGACUGGACCCAGUGGACGGCCCCAUCAAGACCACCGAACCAUGCGGGAGGGAGGAUGGACAUUAAACAGACUAACUCAGGCACCACCACUCAGGUCUGCAAGGAUUCAAAGGCCGUCAUCAAGGAGCUGACAACCCCAACAGCCCUUCCUCCUCCUCCUCAUCCAACAACACCCACCUUACACCCAGAAUAUUCUCCCGCUCAAUUCCCCCCCCACCACCAACACGAUCGCCACUGUAUCCUGCAAAACCUGUAGAAUGCAAUAGGGUGGAUGUGCACCGAGAAAUGACCGACUAAAGCACCAUUACCCGAGUCUAUGUGAAGACAACACUAUCCUAACCCGUUUAUCGAUGAUUUCAGUCAGAGUUUAGAUGACAACGUCGGAGCAUAAAAUACAGAAUAAUGAAAUAAUUGCAUGGUACUGUGUGAAAUCAAGGGAAGUCCAAAGCGAUACACUGCAUAGACAAUUUGUUCCCUUUGGAAUAGAUGUUGGUAUGGUUAAAAACAAAUAUGUACAUCAUGCCAUUGAUUUACGAAAGAAACAUUUUAGAACAGAAACCAACUUGCGUACAGUAGCUUAUUUUUUUUUUCUGAGGUAUUAUGUUACCCUUUUAAUUUUUUUUUAUUUUUGUUAUUUUAAUAUUCUAACAAUGCUUGAGUACUGUAUUUAAAAUUAACCAAUGCCAGUGCUGUGAAAGUUGUAGUUGUUGUCUUCAUAUAUAGUCACCCAGCUUACCUUGUACGCUGACAAAAAAAAAGAAGAAACUGUUCAUCUAUCUAUAUGGAUGUGUAUGACUUUGCAAGAGUAUCAUAUUCAAAAAAAGAAAAAAAAAAGAAUGCCACAGAAAAAAUUUCAUGUGGACAAAAAGGACAAAACUGGUGUUAGAAGUUUAUUAUUAUUAUUAUUAUUAGAGGUGUUUUAACACGACCCCGCACUGGCACGGUGCCACUGGAGCAAAGAAGGAACAAAUGCAGAGGCAGUGGGAGGGGAGGGGGCGCUGUUUUACUUUUUAACUUGAAGAAAAGCCGCUUAUGAUUAACAUUCUUGCAUUUAAUGCAGAUGUCGCGCUCCAGAGAAGAGCUUCGUUGGGACUGCAGGUUCUCCAGCGAGGGAGAAGUUAUCCCCAGUGGUUCUUUGUCAGUGAAUCGUCCCUUCCUCUCCUCUCCCUCCCUCAAGAGUUUUUGUCGAUCACAUCUACACCCAUUGUGUGUGUUGUAUUGACUUACCGAGGCAUCGACUGGGUGAUUUUAACGCCUGCUACUUCUGAAGUGCAGCAUUUGAGGGGAGAGGGAGCCUGUGUCUGAACUGCAGGCUCCCCUCCAAUCCCACGAAACGACACUUUGGGUCACUUUGUCCACUGACGUUGAAGAUGUGUGUUCUUCUUCGCUGUGUGUGCAAUGUGUCAUAAGGCUGUUUUUGAAAUGCAGUAAAAACACCUCAGUUUAUGUGGAAAA